AAAAGGGGCGCCUACCAUCUCCACGUGACCGAGCUUGGGCGCUCCCUUCUUCUAGUCCUUUUAAAAUUUAAGCUCCUCCUCUGCCCGAGUCAUCGGAGACUGGAAGGGAGAAGAGCCUUUCGGGGAGCGGGGAAGCAGCGGGCAGUGUCUAGAUCCCCGGCAGGGGGGAGGCCUAGCUCUGUGGGCAAGCUAUUCCCCUGCUUUGGGCCUCGGUUUCCCCUGUUAAAUGCAGGGGCUGAAGAGAGAUUUCCCCCUCCAAGAGGCCCGGUGUUGGGGCUCUUUACUCACACUGGUUUCUGUGACGGUGCCUUCUAAUGUCUUCUUCCCCAGGUCCCCUUGGGUGGGUAGGAGGGAAGAGACAUUUACUAAGCACCUAAUACGGGCCAGCCACUCUCCCAAUCGCUAUUAGCCCCAUUUUACAGUUUUGAGAAAACCGAGACAGACGCUGUGAUUUGCCUGAGGCCCAGUGACUGAAUCUGCUGUUUUUGCCCUUUCCUGCAGCUGACAACAGGUGAGCAGCAGAGGGCUCCUCCGCUAUGGCCACCCCCAUGCCUUUGGUCUGCAGCCAGACUGUGAGCAGAGUGAGCUCUGUGCUCAAUCGGGAUGUGAAGCAGUUUGGAAAGAAGCACCUCUUUGACGAGCAGGAGGAGACUUGUUGGAAUUCUGACCAGGGCUCCUCCCAGUGGGUGAUGCUGGAAUUCCCACAAUCUGUCCGAGUGUCUCAGGUACAGAUCCAAUUCCAGGGUGGGUUUGCAAGCCGCCAGGGCCGCUUGGAAGGUGGUAGGAAGAGUGAGUCCCUAGAGAAGAUUGGGGAUUUCUACCCUCAAGACAACAAUUCCCUCCAGACCUUCCCAGUGGCAGAUGUCACACUGGACAAGCUGAAGGUAACUUUCGAAAACAGCACUGACUUUUUUGGCCGAAUCAUCAUCUACCACCUUCGAGUUCUUGGGGAGAAGCUGUGAGCAGUUUCUUCAUCAGUCCAGCCUGCUUCCAAGAUCAGGCAGGACCUCCUAGGAAAGUCUACUUGAAGGACAGAGCAGAAGUUGGGCUUGGGUUUGGGCCUAUCAAACUAUCUUUGGGAGUUUGGGAUGGCCAGGAAGUAGACAAGAGUUCUGGCUUAAGUGAGCCAGCUUGGUCACCACCCAUCUUCUCCCUCCAAGGAUUUGGGAAGAGAAUCCCAGAAAGGAGCCUCAGAGGUUUAAUCUUCACUGGAAGCCAGGCUUAAUUAGAAAACAACUUCUACACUAGCAACAUUGUAAAGACAGUUUGAAGGACUUAAGAAUUCUGAUCAAUAUACUACCUGAGAUUCUAGAGAUUUGAAGGUGAAACUGCUACUGACCUGAUAGGUGAGAUGCGACAAGCAAAAUGAGUGGUUUUUUUUCCAGCCUGGACAGUGUGGGAAUCUGUUUUGCCUACUAUGCACAUUUGUUACAAGCAUUUAUUUUCCCUCUAAGGGGUUGGGGAGAAAAUAAAUGCUUCCUAAUUUAAAAAGAGAAGAAAAAAAAAACUAAAUCAGGAUCACUUAGCCUCUGUUUAAAUAGCCCUUACCUGUUCCAUCAUCAGAUGGCUCUGAUUGUUAUAAAGUUCUUCCAUAUAUAGUAGAAAUCUGCCCUCCUUCUAACUGCCACCCCUAAUUCUGUUUCCUGAAACAAAAGAAAGGAAGCCUAAUCCCUUUCCAGGAAGGCCCCUCAGCUUUUGAGUGUGGCAGCCAUUUCACCUCUUUUCUAGGCUAAAAUU